AUGGCCCUGGGCUUCAUGGUCCUGCUCCUGGUGGGGAUGAUGGAGACAGCUUCCAGGGCUAAGCCUGUACUGACCCAGCCAACCUUCAUGUUGGUGCUGCCUGGGCAGACUGCUCGGCUGUCCUGCACCCUGAGCCCCCAGUACAACAUCAGUGAGUUCGGCAUCUCCUGGUUCCAGCAGCGUCCGGGACACUCCUUGACAUAUCUGCUCUAUUACAACUCUGAGCGAGAGAAGCACAGGCCAACCAAGACUCCCGACCGCUUCUCUGCUACCAAAGAUGUCGCCAGCAACGCCUGCAUCCUCACCAUUGCAUCCGUCUGUGAUGAAGACAAUGGCAACUAUUACUGCUCCCUGUCACCUGCCUUCAAGUGGUUUUAG